UUUUGGCUCUGCUGUGGUAGUGACAGGAGAGCGGCGAAGAGGGCGCCGAAGUAGGAGCGCCGGCCUCGCCUGGCCCAGCGCUUCGAACUCUCCUUCCUUGGUUCUCCCUGUUUCCCGCGCCCCGUCAUGUCUGACACGCUCGGCGGCGACGCCCGUUCUGACGAGACAGGCGAAGAGAAACAGGAUACACAAGAGAAGGAAGCAGCCAUCCCCGAGAAAGCAGAGGAGGCAAAACUAAAAGCCAAAUAUCCAAGCUUAGGACUUCAGAAGCCUGGGGGUUCUGACUUCUUAAUGAAAAGACUCCAGAAAGGGCAAAAAUACUUUGACUCUGGAGAUUACAACAUGGCCAAAGCAAAAAUCAAGAACAAACAGCUACCGACUGCAGGGACGGACAAGAACCUGGUGACAGGCGAUCAUAUCCCCACACCACAAGAUCUUCCACAGAGGAAAUCCUCCCUCGUCACCAGCAAGCUGGCAGGGUGCUGCUCGACCCCUGCCAUGCGAGUGGCAGGAAAGAAGUCCAUACAAGGCAAGGCAGGAAAAGCUGCUCUCCUUCCUCCCCUGCCCUGAUUACGGGCAACACUUUGAAAUGAGCAUUUUGAGAAAUGAAACCCUGCAGUGCAAUGGACAGCUCAGCUCUUCAUAUGUCAGCUGAAUGCAAAGCAUCCCCCCACCCCCGCCCAGUGGGACUUGCGCUCGGUGUCAUACCAAUGGGAAAAGACUUGCUCCAUUUAAUCAUUCAGGAACUGGGACUUGAAUACUCGGGGUGGGCCAGGGAGUUGUAACCCCGUUCACCUUUCCAAGAGCAGCCCAAGACACCAGUACCCAAAACUCUCAGGGCAGUUUUCAGCAAACAUCUCAAAUGUUUCUUUGCUACCCUAUGAAUCAGAAAUUCGCUCUACCUUCUGUUGAUGCAAUGUCAGAUUCAUAAGCAGCUGCUUUUAAAAUCCAGAAUGGUGUUUUCCUCCUGUUGGUGGGGUGGUGGUGGAGAAACAGGGCCAUCUGAUGCUUUCACAAUUGUUUUGCGAAUCCAUUCGCCUUGUUCCCAAAAUAGAAAUACGAAAUUAUGAUUGGCAGUGCCUCAGCUUAGGCAAGUGGCGGCAUCAUCUCUGACACAUGAAUACAGCAUGUACUUAUUAGUGUGUGUUGGUGCUUGUUUUUCCUGUUCUCCAGACACUCUCCCACAAUUAUGCAUUCUCAAAUGACCUGUUAAAAGCGAUUACAUCAGGACAGGCUCUUUCAAAGACACCUUGGGAGUCUGCUGUCUCAUUUUCCUCCUCGCCUUUUGGUGACUUGUGAGCACAAAACUGAGUGGAUGUUCCUUUAACAGGGGCAUGGGAGUCGGUCUUAGGAGGAGGGUCUUACUGACACAUCGGUCUCGCCUCUAGAUGCAUUAUGGAGCCUGGAUCCCCAAUCUUUUCGGCUUGGUGGGCACAUUUGCAAUUGAGGAUGCAUCUCAUCAGCCUUCUAUCAGGGUCUUCAACCACAUGGGUAAAACCCGAUCUUGUUUCGCCCACUGAAACCUGUCUUCCCAAACUUGGUAGAAAAUAAGUAUCCUGUAAUUGUAUUCAUCUUUGUUGGUGUAUAUCUUUUUUAAGAUGCUGUGCUGCUUUAAAAACACUGGACAUGGUCCAGGUAGUUUGCUCAA